AUUAUCAAUUGUUCAUUGCAUUCCAUCAAAUGUAAACUUGGAAGUUUGAAAAGAUUAAAUCAAAAAUUUCUCGAACAGUUUGCUUUGAUUGAAUAUUAUUUUUGAUUCAAAUAAGAAGACUAAUACUCCCCCAUUGUUUAAAAUGGCCACCGCAAUGGCGGUGUGUGAAGUUUGCGAUGAAGAUUUUGACUCAAAAGACCACAAGCCACUUUGCUUGACUUGUGGUCAUACCUUUUGUGUCUCCUGCAUAAGAAGCUUACCUGCAGUUUAUGGAGUCAAGAGCUGUCCUAAAUGCAGGAAGAAAAUUGAUAAGCCUAUUAAUGGAUUGUUAGUCAACUACAUCGUGAUUCCCUCGAAGAACAAGGCAUGUAAAAGGAAACGAUCCACAGAGUCCGAGUGUCUCUGCUCUCAACACAAGAGGCAGCUUAAUUACCUGUGUGUAAACUGCACUGAAUUCGUCUGUUUUACAUGCACAAGAGACAUUCAUUCAACAUGUACUAUAGAAGUGUUGGAUGAACUGCAUCAGAAUGCUAAUGUGGACUCGAUGGCCAUAAUACGGUCCUUACUGAUGGACAAAAUCUGCAAACUGCAGAAAAAGAAAAGGGUAACUGGGGAUACUUUGACUUUGAUGGAUAAUUUCAUAGAUCUGAAGACUGAUGUAAAGAGAUGGGAUGAUUCUCUUCAAGACCAAAUAGUGUCUACCAAUUCAGAUCUCGAGGCUUGGGAUGACUUGGCCUCCUGUGUUGACAAAGAAAAUAGUGUCAAGGAAAUUUUACAUCGCCUGAAAUCAGAAACUUCUGGCAAUACCAGUAUGUUACCUGAAAUCACCAAGCUGCUGAAUUCUGCAAACCAGAUUAUUAAGAGGCUGGAGUGACGAGCAAAGAGCCAACUUGUCAACGAAUGGUCAAAGAUACCAUCGAGGAGACGUCACUGUAACCGUGUAGAGGGUUCUACCUGGCAGUGGACUGCUGGGGGAUGUUGAGGGAGGACCUGGCAGUGGACUGCUGGGGGAUUGUGAUGGAGGAUCUGGCAGUGGACUGCUGGGGGAUGUUGAGGGAGGACCUGUCAGUGGACUGCUGGGGGAUUGUGAUGGAGGACCUGGCAGUGGACUGCCCUGACAGUGGACGUUCAUUUAAUUCCUCUUUUUAUUUAGAAGUGUUGGCAUGAUUCCCCUCUUGCUUGAAUAUUUUAUUUUUGAAUUAUCCUUUUUUUGUGACGUGUUUUGGUUUGCACUGCGUAAUUGCGGCAAUUGGCUUUGGUCAGAAACGUAGUUGGGCCGAACCUUUCUUGGUGAAGAUCUUUCCGUUGUUCGCCCAAGUGUCUUCCCUUCUUUUAACGUUAUGUUUAGUCGGACAACGCAGGCAUGACUUUUAUGCCUUCGGAGAGACUUAAAGGAUGUGUUCUGUUUGGGCUGCAUAAUUGCGGUAAUUGGGCUUUGGUCAGGCACGUCGUUGAGGCCGAACCUUUCUUGGUGAAAAUCUUUUCGUUGUUUGCUCAAGGGCAUUCCUGUUUUUUUCUCUUAACGUUGUGUUUAGUCGGACAAUGCAGGCAUAACUUUUAUGCAUUCGGAGAUAUUUUUAUCUUGCGUUUGGUUUGGGCUGCGUAAUUGCACUUUUAUGAUUUUCUAGACAUCAGUCGCUAAUGGAGGGGUAAAGCGUGCGUGGUGAAAACGAUAUUUGAUUUUGAUGUUGGUUCUUGAGCUCUUUUUGUGGCUAUAAGGACCUUGGUCAAUGAUGCGUUAGGUUGGGCUUUUGUGAAGUGAUCUUCGUUUGCCGUCAGAGGGAGCGUUAAUAUUUUUCGUGUAAUUAGUGUGGAAAGGACUCGCCUUCAGUACCGGAGGAAUUCGACUUGUUUAGCUAACAGAGUUUUUUUCUUGUAACCCAUGGGUAAUUUAUUUGGUUCAGAAACCGGCACCGUUUCUAUAAAACUUCUGGAAUAUCACUUUGACCGAUAAUUAGAUAUAAUUCUCACUUGUGGUAGAGACUACGAGUUUAGUUCACUUUCAACGAACGCUUAUCACAGUUUCUCGUUUAAUUUCUGCAAAAGUUAUGAAGAGUUACAUUUCAAUUGAUCUAGUAUCAAUAACUUACAGCCACGGGUAAAUGUUCUUGAAAUCAUUUCUCAAUCAACCAGAAUUUUGAGAAUUUUAAACUUGUUACUUCAAACCUCUGAAUUCACUAUUCAUUACUAGGCUCGCGAUGCGGGGCUCCAGGGUAACCUGGAAUAAAGUUCAACUUUUGUGCCUUUAAAUCUUUUAUUUAUUUGAGCCUUCAAAUACAAUGGAUACUUAUUUCUGA